AUGGACCUUCCAAUAUCGUGUCAACUUGAUGAUAGGCUCGGAAUGUUCCGCAUCACUAGGGCGAGAGGAAAAACUCUUUCAUCAGGAGGAUUUGGGGUAGCGAUUUCGACUGAAAAUAUUGUGAAUUGCGAAGAAAAGUCAUCGACAGGAGACACAGCUGUAGUCGGAAAAAUCAUCCAGACUACACAUCAGUAUUUGUUUGUUGAAGAAGUACUCUUCCUACACGAGAGAGGUCUUUUGGAAUGCAAACAUGCUUCGUCGUUGGAAUUGCUCGACACAUCACAGCUCUAUCAGCUCCUUCCACCGCUGCAGAUCUCUCUUCCAAUUUACUUCGUUUAUGCCCACUUGCGAUCACAGGACUUUAGGGUUCUUCGCCACAGUACAGGUCGAAUGAAGAUCCUUCGAAAACAAGAUGCAACAGGUGUGCCGGAUUCCAAAUUGAAAGAGUUCAAACGAACACUUCGAAAAACGCUCGAGGAAGCCCCACCACCAAUGAUACCUGACAAUGGGCUUCAGAUAUGUUUUGAUGUUUACAUGCCAAAUGCUAGUUUCUCGAAGCUUAAUCCAGGGCUGCCUGACUUCCUCGUGGCAACUACAUACUAUAAUGAGUCAAGGGUAUCCUUUGUGGAGUGUCAGAAAAUUCUAGAGCGAUGUGAAGGGAUUCGUCUGAAAGUUGCAACUGUUUCUGAUUCAGGAACGGUCGUCAUGUUUGGACUAACCAGCUUCGGUGUACCAGUAUUUGAAACGAAACAAGAUCCGCGUUGA